AUGAAUCCAGCUGACGUUGAAGGCCAACUGAAGGAGGGCUUCUCUCAUGAGAUUGAGAAUGUGAAUGCCGCUGACGCGGUAUCGUUUACUCCAGAGGAAGAGAAGGCGUUGGUGAGGAGAAUUGACCUCGCUCUCCUGCCUACUAUUUGGGUCAUGUAUCUUUUGUCAUAUCUGGACAGAACUAAUAUCGGCAAUGCGAAAAUCUCUGGCAUGGAGGUAGAUCUCAGCCUGACAUCUAAUGAAUACUCAAUCGCCCUGGUCGUCUUUUUCGUCGGAUACGUGGUAUUUGAAGUACCCAGCAACCUUGCUCUGGGCCGAUCCCGACCCUCCAUCUUCCUCCCAUCCAUCAUGGUACUCUGGGGCGCUUUGACCUGUGUUAUGGCUGUCAUCAACAGCUUCACCCAUCUAGUUGUGCUUAGAGUGAUCCUAGGAUGCGUCGAGGCUGGGUUCGCUCCUGGUGUUCUCCUCCUUCUGUCAUCGUGGUACAAACAAACAGAACAGUCGAAACGAUUCGGUGUUUUCAUCUCCGCCGCUGUGCUAUCGGGCGCCUUUGGUGGCCUUAUUGCCGCCGGCAUUGUGGAUGGACUUGAGGGCGUUCACGGCAUUCGUGGUUGGCGCUGGCUUUUCAUUAUUGAAGGCGCCGCCACUGUCGGCGUCGCUCUCAUCUCUCUUUUUAUCCUUCCUGAUUUUCCCGCAACGUCGCGGAAGCUUUCUGAACGUGAGAAGCACAUUGCUGUGGCACGCCUUGCCACUGAAAAUGUUUCUGCUACCACUGAAGAUACUCAGCAUCUGAGUAACUUGGGUGCUUGUAAGGUGGCUUGUCAAGAUUAUCGAACCUGGGCGUUCAUCAUUGGGUAUAUGGUCAUCGUCGGCUCGAGUACCUUGACCUACUUCUACCCGACCCUUGUAGAAGGACUUUUCGGAACCGCUUCCACCAAGACGGUCAACCUGUUGACUGUUCCAAUCUACGGUGUGGCAUUUGUCGCCACAGGCAUCACAUCGUACUGCAGCGACAAGGUCCCUACCUGGCGUGGAUUGAUUAUCGCCGGUUGGCUGACCUUUUCUCUAGUAUGUUCGAUCAUUGUUUGCACUGUAUAUAACUUCACAGCUCGCUAUGUCCUGCUAGUGCUUAUGGCAGCUGGUCUUUGGUCUACCAACGGUGGCACACUGGCUUAUGCAUCUUCUGCAUUUGCGGGGAUGCAUCCUCAUGCUCGAGGCGUUGCUUUGGCCAUGGUCAAUGCGCUGGGUAACCUGGCACAGAUUUAUGGGUCGUACCUAUUUCCGAAGGAUGAUAGACCUGAGUAUAUUAUGGGGUUCUCUGUGAUUUCUGCGAUGUUGGCAGUUGGCGUCAUUGUCUUUUUAUUUUUGCAUAUCUGGUUUCGCCGACGUGUGCGGUCGGGUAUCAUUCAGCAGUGA